AUGAGAUCCAAAUUCUUUUCAAUGAUGCUAUCUCUAUUGAUAGUUUUCAUAUCAUUUAAUUGUAUAAAUGCACAAUUUCAAGCACAAGAAUUGUCUUCAAUAUAUUGGAUAAGAGCACAAUACGGUUUGGAAUAUAUUCCUCAAACAGAGACUGCAAUUUGUUCAAGUAUGGUAUUCUUUUGUGAAAUGGGGACUGAUAAUUUUAAUCAUAUUGUUUCAAUAAAUGUGAAUAAUAUUAUAUAUACAGAUGCGGGAGCUACACCAUCCUUGACAGAAUUUUCAUUUCCAGCACUUACUGAAUUGAAAAUCAAUGUUAAAGGUAUAACUCAAGUUUAUGAUCCAAUGUUAAAUAUUUUAAAUUUGAUAAAGAAUAUUCCACUCUUGACGUUGGUCGAAAUUACUGGUGAUCAGUUUUCAUCUAUUCCUUUGGAUUUUCCAACUGGUUGUCCUUUAUUCGUAAAUCUUCAAUCCAACCUUACAACGAUCCAAAUAUCCUCGACACCAAUCAACUCAAUUACCAUUGACCAAAGUACAUUCCUUCCAAUGCUCAAGAUACUCUCUAUUAGUAUAAUUUGUAAUUUGCCUCAAACCUAUACUAUUACAGCUGCAUCUUUUCCUAUUUUAUCGGAUCUAUCCUUUAUUGGAAGUGGAGGUGAUCAACAGGUAAACAUUAUGGUUGAAGCACCAGUACUCUAUCUAACAUCAUACAUUUCCGACAAGACGGUAGUUGGUUAUAUCAAUCCGACUAUUUCCCAUCCAGAGGUAGUCAAAGGAUUAAAAUAUGGUGGAGGGUCAAACUAUGCCAUCUCACCAAGCGAUUUAAGUUUAUACACUAAUUUAGAGGGCAUGCAAAUUGUUUAUAGUGGACUAACUACAUUCCCAGUUACACCUUAUCCUAAAGUACUUGAUUUUUAUAUUACCCACAGUAAUUUACAAUCUUUACCAAAUGUACCUAUCCCCUCAAAUGCAAGAGAAUUGAUAUGUUUUAACUUUGCUUUUGUUUUAAUUUCAAGCUCAUUCAUAAACAACCAGAUGACUGGUAAUCUUCCAACCAAUUUAUUGGAUAAUUCACCAACCAAGGUAAAGAUUGUUGUAUCACUAAAUCCAGGUAUUACUGGAACUAUGGGACAAGAGUAUUGCUACAUUCAGGGUAUUUUCCUUGACGGCACAGCUAUUUCUUCGAUUCCAGAUUGUUACUGGUGCUAUCCAAACGGCCGACAAAUUAUUUUCGGUACUGAUCUUCCCGAACCCUCCACUCCGAAUUGUACUGUCACCAUUAAUAGCUUGGAUAUAGUUUCAAUCAAUGGUGGCUAUUCAAUUGAAGGUGAUAAUAUUGGUUGGGGUCGAGGUUUGCAACAUUUCGUUAGUUUUGGUUCGUUACCGAAUAAGCGUUUACUUUUUCAAGAUUUUGGCUAUACAUCGAAACCUUUUAAUUAUAAUUUAACACUUAUAUUGGCCGAAACUUUCACAUUUAAUGUUACAGAGGUCGGAUUCCAAUACUCAACGGUCAGUCUAAACAGUGAUACUCUAUUCAUGUUUGAAGUGACCAUUACUUUUCUCGCUUUCAAUCCAAGUUUUCUUCCAACCUUUCAUUUGGAUAGUACACAACAAGAGUGUAUUGUUUCAAAAGUAGACAUUGACCAAAAAGUUAUGAAAUGUAUUCUAGAGAACCCCCAACAAGGAUCACCCGUUUUAAUUAUGGAUAAUGGUUUCUCAACAAAUGAAGCCAUAAUAUAUCUUAUACAAAAACCUGUUAUAACUUCUUAUUCACUUGAACCUCCAACCUAUCCACCUACCACCUUGAAUUUAUAUGGAUAUUUUAGUACCUUGUCAUUCCCAAAUAAUACACAGGUUUAUGUCAAUUACACAAUUGAUUUGGAGGGAUUGAAUCCAUGUAAUGUCACUUUAGUCAGUCCAACCCAUAUUUCAUGCCUUUUCACUAAAGUUCCCAAACCUGGGCUCACAGACAUGGCUCUUGUGACCGAUAAUGGUUCUUUCUUGUCAUCAAUCAUGCCAUUUUUCCCUGCUCCAAUACCUACAGUAGACGACUGCAAAACUAAAACCAAUAAUUGUAAUGGUCAUGGUACAUGUACCAAUGGACAAUGUCUAUGUGAUCAAGGUUGGACAGAUUUUGAUUGUAAAAUUGAAACUAAAACUGCACCAGGAGUUAUAAUUCAACCAAAUUAUACAGAUCCAAAUGUUAAUUUUACAAGUGGAGAUUAUUCAUUUUCAUUUAGUAUGGUUUCAAUUCAAGAAUUGGAUUAUCAAAAUAAUUUAGUGAUGGAGUUGUUCACUGACAAGUGGAAUGUAACAUCAAAGGCCAAUGAAGAUUUAACAAGAAUAUCCUAUAUUCUAACGAGCCAAAAAAACAAAUCGGUCUAUGAUCCACUCAUUGUCAAUUCGGUCAUUGAAUUUUCAAACAAAUCAAGAUCCGUAGAGUUUGGUGGAGAAACGAUACAACUUGCUGAAGGAGCCAUAAAGAUUGCAGUCAAUAUCACCAAUUGGCCAUACCAAACACUCAUGUCAACGCUUCGUGUGGUUUUUUCAACUGUUGUCAACAAUAAUCAGGCAAUUAUCGGGUGUGGCGAUUCAUACAACCCAAUUGAUACAUUCCAACAAUCGGCCGACAAUGGUACCCUUCAAUACCUCAGAGUCGUAAAAGACAAUGUCCAAUUUUUUGGUAGAUUCCUAGACUACAUCGUUUCCGAUGGAAGAAAAACCUUUUCAAAGACUGAAAUUAUGAAUAUAACCAGUAUUGGUGAUCCAGCAGCCAACCAAUCACUGGCUCUCAUUGGCAUUCACACGCCCACAUGCCGAUCCUGUCUCAUCGACCCCGACUUUUCUGCCCUUCUAGUUGACCGUUCCAAUUAUGAUCCAACUGGCGCUUGUUCAGAACCAACCAAUAAUAGUAAUUGGAAGAUUAUUGUCGGUAUUGUAGCAGGUGUAGUUGGUGCAGUAGCAAUAGCAAUUGGAUCAUGGAUCUAUGUUAAAAAGACUAGAAAGUCUAAAAAGUUUAAUACAAUGAUGCAAAACAAAUUACAAGCAUUCUCUGAAUCAAAUAAAUAA